AUUCCAUACAGACGUCCAUGAUCUUAUGCCAGGGAACGGAACCAGUGCCAUUCGUAAUCCUUGAAAACUGACUUUAAAAGUCGGAUGGCUCCCACCAGGGCGAAAAUGGGGUACCGCCAAGAAAGCGAGUGUUCCGAUUGUUUGGAACUUUCAUGAUGUUGACCUUUCGGUUCCAAUGGGUUCUCUUGGCAUGGACUGCUUUUCUUGCUGUAGCUUCUGGAAGAUUACCACAGAGUGAUAGAGUGCGGCGGACGCAUCCGCCUGUGGAAGCUAGACACGAAGCUCCUGAAGCUCCCGUGGAGGAUCGCUCUGAAAAAUUCCGGUUCUUGACUGCUGAGACAAAACCGUACCAAGUUACUUCGCUGCCGGAAGUUCCAUUCGAUAUUGGGGAGCUGUACUCGGGCCUGGUCCCUAUUGAUUCGAAGAACAAAUCAAAUGCAUUAUUUUUCGUUUUCCAGCCUACGAUUGGACCACCUGUCGAUACCCUGACCAUAUGGCUGAAUGGUGGACCAGGUUGUAGCUCGCUGGAGGGCUUCUUUCAAGAGAAUGGUAGAUUCCUUUGGCAGCCUGGGCAGUAUGCUCCUGCGAUUAAUGACUACGCUUGGGUGAACCUCACGAACAUGCUUUGGGUAGAGCAACCAAUUGGAACUGGGUUUUCCAUUGGUGAAGUCACCGCGACUGGCGAAGAAGAAAUUGCUCAGCAAUUUGUCGGAUUCUUCAAAAACUUUGAAGAACUCUUCGGCAUCAAGCAUUUCAAGAUCUACGUGACUGGCGAAUCAUAUGCGGGGAGAUAUGUUCCCUACAUUUCUGCCGCAAUGGUCGACGAGAAAGACACAACUUACUUUGAUCUGGCGGGAGUACUUGUCUACGACCCCUGCAUCGGAGCCUACGACUACAGUCAACAAGAAUUAGUCACCCUACCACUAGUCCAAAGAAACGCACCAAUCUUCGGACUGAACGACUCAUUCAUCUCCCAACUCGAAGCCCUAGAUGCCUCCUGUGGAUACGCCGACUACCGCAACAAGUACCUAACCUUCCCACCUCCCGGCAUCCAACCAGACGGCUAUUUCAGCUACGAGACCGAAGCCAGUUGCGAUGUCUGGGAUCUCACCUUCUACGCCGCACUCGCCAUAAACCCUUGCUUCAACAUCUACCACAUCGUCGAUACGUGCCCGCUGCUACCCGACGUCUUAGGCUUCCCCGGCUCACUAAUGUACACGACUCCCGGUCUAGGCAUCUAUUUCGAACGCGCAGACGUCAAGAAAGCAAUGCACGCUCCAACCGACGUGACCUGGACCGAAUGCUCGAACGGGCUAGUAAUCAUCGGUGCGUACGGCCCCGACGACGAUUUCCAGAACGACACAUCCCUCGACCCGAUCCAAUACGUUCUCCCCAAGGUAAUCGAACACACCAACCGCGUUCUCGUCGCAAACGGCGAUUGGGAUAUGAUCAUCAUCACCGAAGGCACAUUGCUCUCCAUUCAGAACAUGACUUGGAACGGGGCUUUAGGAUUUCAAACCGAGCCUAGUACUCCGAUUGUUAUCACCGAGCCGGAUUUACAGUACGAGGUAUUAUUUGAUGAGAAUGAGUUGAAUGGAGUGGAUGAUAUUCAGGGAACGAUGGGGAUUCAGCAUUAUGAGCGGGGAUUGAUGUGGGCGGAGACGUAUCAAUCCGGACAUAUGGAGCCUGAAUAUCAGCCUAGGAUUAGUUAUAGGCAUCUGGAGUGGCUUUUGGGAUAUGUUGAUGAGUUGUAAUUGGAUUCGAGCAUAGGUCAUUCGGUAAUCAUGAGAAUUGAUUUGGUCAGCUGAUAUACACGUAUACCAUCAUUGUCGUCAGACUUUACAUUACAACAUACUCAAUUGAAAGCUGGUCCCGCAGUAGAACAUUCAUAAUCUAGGGUAUCACAAAUUGAUCUACUCCCCAUUCGACAGCUUACUGCUCAAAGGACGCCUCUCUCCACGGAUCCAACAUCAACAAACGACAGCAAUCUCCGCUCCCCUCAAGUUAUCGAUCUCCUUCUUCAGCAUCACCAAACAGCUCACUACAACUGUGACAUCAUCUAUCAAAGGCCCAUCACUACCCUCCAAGCACAUCUCCAAUUGCCCUCCAUUCCCAGCACUAUUUUUCGAGGUUCCAGGUGUCCUCGUACCUUCCCCCCUGACCAAUUGCGCGACUUUGAUCCUCUGUUCCAUAUGUCCAUUUCCAACCACUUUCUCCAAC